AUUGGGAUUUGCAACGUUUCUUUCUAUAGGAACGUGUUUAGAUGAAGAAUUUUCUAAAGUCUAUUAUCUCUAUCGCUAUAUGAAUAUAGUAACACUAUAAGCAACCAGGUAGAAACCAAACGAAACGUUCUAUCUAAUUUAGUUGUUGGCUACAAGUUUUUUUCUUCUCAAAGAAAAACCGCACCCUCUUGCAAAAAAGACCAGCCCUUCUUCUUGGUUUGUCCAUUCAGAGCGGGUUUCUUCAAACCAAUCAAAUGCAAGAGCCCGCCUUCUAAGUGGGACAUGAUAGGCAUUCAGAAGCGAAUUUGAUAGUUUGUUCAACUCGUUGGUAACAAAUCCUGUGAAAGACCAUGUUUUACUCGCCAAUCAUUUUAACCAAAAAGGGACCUUUGGGAAAGAUAUGGCUUGCAGCUCAUCUCCAACAUAAGCUUAGCAAAACUCAGGUAUUUAGCACAGAUGUUGUUGCUGCAUGUGAACAGCUACAGUCCCCAGAGUUAUCUUUUGCGUUGAGACUUUCAUCCAACCUGCUUCUAGGAAUAGUACGAAUUUACUCCAGGAAAGCUCAUUAUUUGUUUAUCGAUAGCCGAGAAGCUUUGAAUAAGUUGCAGCUUGUCUUUCAAGGAAACACUGUCGAUCUAGCCCCUGGAACAACUGUUGCACCGUAUUCCGCUAUUACUAUGGAAGGCGUUGACGAUACGUCCCAACUAAAACGGGAAGAAAGCUCCAAGAAAUCUUCGAAAAGGUCUCGCUAUGAGUUGGAUAGGUUUUCAGAAACUUCAAGCAUUCUAGAUAUUGACAUGCUAUUGGACAUGGACACUGACAUGGCUUGUACCUUGUCAUCUUCUGAGUUUCGUUGGAAUGAAACAGCUCAGUCGCUUUCUCGAUUUCGUGCGCGACCUGAAGACAUUACUCUUCCUCCGGUUGACAUGGAUUUUAUCUAUCAGAUGCCAGACGCAGCCUUGGAACAUUGGGAUGAUCAUGAGAUGCUGCAUAGAGAGACUGUCAAUAUGAAUUUAACACCUCUUUCGGCGCGUGCUUCUUUGCAAUCCCCUGAAGUACUUCGUCGAGAAAGUCGAGGAAGUCUUUCUGGUCGAAUUUCAUUAGAGAGACUUUCUGGAGUACAAGGAAACAGAAAAGAACAAGAUAAUUCCGAUUGGAAUUUUUCUAUGGAAAUGGAUGCGGACUCUGUUUUCGAAACAUCUCCAAACUUCGAACAAAGACAUGAAACUUCAUUUCCCCUGGAUAAUACAACAGGAAGAGGAGACUCUAUAUUGCUCCAAGAGUCGCCUCUUCCAUUGGAAAUCAACCAACAAGAACAAAAUAAUGCCAAAAAGAGAAAAACUGAUUCCAAUACUUGUAUUUUUGCCAUCGAUAGAAACUCUGAAAUAAGUGCAAAAACACUGAAGAGACAUCUUUCGGAUACCAAGGACUUAGUUUACCGACCUCAAUCUCACAUAUCUCGAGUUCCAGAAGAAAAUGCAGAGACGUGGUUACAUAUGAUACUUGAACCAAGCUUCAAGCUUCCUUGCAUUCCUCCAAUCUACACCACAACUAUCGAACCUAUGAUAUCAUAUUACUCUCAAGGAAAUCUCAGCCUUCCUCAACUACGACAUGCGGACAAUGCUGCCUUCCAUGCUAGUCCAUUAUUCUCACCCGGACGUGAUUCUGUAACUUUUUCAGUGCAAGACAACGAUUGGGGAGAACAAAUACCGUUUGAACAAGAUUCAUUUCAGCUCCCAGCUACAAAUGAAAGUAUACUAAUGUCAGCUGGAAUGAAUGCUUCCUGUCUAUCGGAAAUUCCGUUGAAUACAUCCAAUAUGCCGAAACCAUAUAAUGAAGAAGAUAAGGAAUACCAUUUGAAAAAGCAGAAUACUUUGACACAAACUCAACUGAGCAUAAGUUCAAGAACCAUUCAAACACUGCAUAUGAUUCGUCAAUACGGUACAUCUUCAGAAGAAAACAUUACACAACCUAAGAUAACCUUUUCAGAGUUUUUACACCAAGUAAGCUCUUCCAAUAGCAUUUCUUCUCGAAGAAGACAAGCUGCACAAUAUUUUUAUGAGUUGCUUGUUCUGAAGAGUAUUGACCGUAUUCAAGUACAACAGGAUAAGAGUUUUAGUGAAAUAACGAUCAGCAACUUUGAUACAGUGGAUACCGAAAAAUCAAGCCUGUUAGUCUCAUGAAACUUAACAAAGACCUGAAAGCUGAGGUGACAAAGUGUUACU